AUGGCAGACGAAGACGCGCCUCCAGAGGUGCAUCACUACAGCAGCUUGCACGAAGUGCCCUGGGAUAUCCAGAACUACUGGGCACAACGCUACCGGAUCUUUUCCAAGUACGACGAUGGUGUGUGGUUGACCGAUGAUGCUUGGUUUGGUGUCACUCCAGAACCAGUCGCGAACGUAAUAGCUUCGCAAAUUGCCGGAUCAGCUCCUGCUGGGCGUAGGAUUCUCGUGGAUGCCUUCGCUGGCGCAGGCGGAAACACCAUUGCAUUUGCCUUGACUGGAAAAUGGAAACGAAUCUACGCGAUUGAAAAAAAUCCUGCCGUGCUCAAGUGCGCAAAACACAACGCAAAAAUUUAUGGGGUGGAGGACAAAAUCACUUGGUUUGAAGGCGAUUGUUUCGAGAUUCUCAAGAAUCAACUUAAAGAUCUGGCGCCGUACAGCGUCGUCUUCGCCAGUCCUCCCUGGGGAGGUGAGUUCUAUCGAAACUUUACUUCUAUGACAUGA